GCAAUGAGCUGACUUGAUUCCUUGCUAACCUCCUCUCAGCUACAUCCUCCACAACUAUAAGAGCAAUCAAAUCCACGCUUUCCUCAUAACCAUUUUCAUCACCAAAACACAAAUAUGACGCGUUCCCACAAACUCAACGAUAGAGACCACGCCGCUCUGGCGGAUGGGUCCGCUGCACCCGAGGAGCGUCUUCCUCGGUACUUUGCCAAGUCUGGCUUUGUUGACACUGAUCCAAAGAAGACCAAGAAAGAUGGUGGCGGGAAGGGCAACUGGGGUCGCGAUGGCGAAGAGGUUGAAGACUAUGCAUACAAUAUGAACAAUCCACGUCGUCGGUCCAAUAGCAAUUCUCACGCCCACACCCUCAAAGACUUCAAGACUAAAUUUGAGACUGUCGAUCAAGAGCCUGUAUUUGAGGAGGAACUCCACGGAGCCAGACCCGAGGACGUAGCCGACCUCGAAAAAGAGGAGAGUGGUGCAAGCUCUAGUGGGGGUAGUAUCGAAGAGGAGCACGAGGCGAAGAAUGUUUGACAUUGGAUUCUUACGGCGCUGCAGGUGGACGGCGUUUCCUUAGCCAUAUCAUUGUCAUUCCUGCAGUCGUGAGCCGUAGUGCCGACCAUCGGCUAACAGAGCUCGCAUGAAACUGGCUAUGCAAUACUGGGUGUUGAUCUGGCCAACACUUGUAUUUCGGAUUUUCUUUCAAC